AUGGAAGAGGUUAAAUCUGCUCCAAUUACUGGAGAUAGCAUUAAACCUCAUAAAAAUCUUGUUGUCGAGGUCCUUCCCAUCGUCCCCGACUGUCCCAUUAAUGAGCAUUCACGCAUUCAAGUUAUCGAUGGUGUUCAGGUAGACCGAGAUGAUUCUAUCGGAUUCCAGGUAUCACAGGCGGAGCAAUGCGCACAAUCAUGUCGUAUGAGCAUGUAUCCCGACGGGUCACGGCUUCCGCUUCUUUGCCGAUCUGCGCAGUUUGAUAGGAAUAACCAGAAGUGCAGUCUAUUUUCCGAUUCGAUCAAUCCUAAUGGAUUUCUCGAGUACCAACCGAAUCAACAUGUCAUUUACAUGGAAAAAAUAUGCAUACCAGACAAUGUGCUACCAAUAACAUGCGACGAUGUUUUCCGAAGAAUACCUCAGCACAUUCUAUUGGGACAUGCAACCGAUGUAAUAUCAGUUUCAAGCGAGCAAGAAUGCAUAUUGGAAUGUAUCAAAUCAAAGACAAUGCGUUCAAAGACGUGUCAUUCGAUUCUUCAUUAUCCUGAUUUUCCAUCACUUAAUUGUAUUCUAAAUGUCCACACGCGACACACAAAGCAGCAAUAUUUCAUACCAGAGUUGUCUUUCAAAGUGGAUUACGUGGAAAUCGCGAAAUGUGUCACGGAAACGGCUAUUGGAGCAGAUUCUGAGAGCAUUGGGGUUGGAAGUGUAUUGUCUGAAUGGAGCGAAUGGAGUACAUGCGACGAUGAAACGAGCACGAGGAGCAGACAAAGGCAUUGCAAUGGGUGUAAGGAAAUGAUACAGUUUAUGCCGUGUUUUUCCAACAACAAAUUUGAUGUUGCACUUCAGCAGUUCAUUUUGGAACAGCAGAACAAGGAGAUGCUCAAAGAGUCAGAGUUGUCGCCUCAAGAAGACGCUGCUAAUGUGCAGCAAGUGAUCAAAUUUCCUCAAAACACCGCUACACUGAGCAAUUCAAUGGUCUCGAAUAAAUCGGUCGAAUUUUUUGGUCCUCCGCAAGAAUUGGCGAAGCAGUCGGAAAAGCAGGAGCUGCCACGAAAGCCUAUUCGUGCAAUGAGCUCAUUCUAA